AUGGCGGCGAGAAAGCUGCAGACCGAAAUCGAUCGGACCUUUAAAAAGGUCUCGGAAGGUGUCGAGGUCUUUGAGGGCCUGUACGACAAGCUCCAGACCUCGUCGAACCAGGGCCAGAAAGAGAAGCUCGAAGCGGACCUCAAGACGCAGAUCAAGAAGCUGCAGCGGCACCGCGACCAGAUCAAGACAUGGCUCCAGAGCAAUGACAUUAAGGACAAGAAGCCGCUGAUGGAGAACCGGCGGCUGAUUGAAACGCAAAUGGAGCGGUUCAAGGCGUGCGAGAAAGAGAUGAAGACAAAAGCCUUCUCCAAGGAGGGUCUCAUUGCAGCUGCGAAGCUAGAUCCCAGCGAAAAAGCCAAGGUCGAGAUGCAGCAGUGGCUCACCUCGAUGGUCGACGAGCUCUCGCGGCAGAUUGAAGGCGCCGAGGCGGAGAUUGAGCAGUCGCUCGCGACGGCCAAGAAGAGCAAAAAGGGCUCCUCGAAGGAGGACGUCGUCGGCCAGAUGGAGCACCUGAACGAGCGGAGAGGGUGGCAUAUUUCGCGCAUCGAGAUCCUGAUGCGCAUGCUCGAAAACGGGACGCUGGACGUGGACCGCAUCAACGAUAUCAAGGAGGAUAUCUCCUACUUUGUCGAGAGCAAUGCGGAAGAGGGCUUUGAAGAGGACGACGGGAUCUAUGACGAGUUCAACCUGGACGACGAAGAGGAGGUCUUUGGUCUGAAGGACAACGAGGACGGCGACACGUCGGUCACCGCCGACGAGCCGCGGCCCGUCAAGGAGGACUCGCCCAAGCCCGCGACGCCCCCGGAGCCCAAGAAGGAGGAGCCGCCUGCGCCGGCGCCCGCACCCGCGCCGGCGCCGGCGCCCAAGCCCAAGGAGGAGGCGCCAAAGAAGGCCGCUGCGAAAAAGACCGAGGCGGCCAAGGAGCGCGUGGUCACCAACUUCGACCAAGGCAAGGUGCAGUCGGCGACGGCGUCGCCGGUGGCGCAGCCUGCGCGCACCGCGAGUGCGGCGCCUCUCCCCCCCAUCCGGUACGCGGCGGCGGCGGCGGCGGCGGUGUCGACCUCGUCCCCCCCGCCCGGCAUCCCUGCGCCGAGCGAGGCACAAGCCGAGCGCCCCGAGCCCGCUGCACCUGCGGACGAGGCACGCCCUGCGGAGCGGAGUGGCGCGGAUGCGCGGCUGCCCGACUCGCUCUCGGACCUCGUCACGUCCUUUGAGUCGGCGAAGCAAAAAUCGCUGCAGCGCGAUGCGAACAUGUCGCACAUGCAGCACUCGCUCGACACGAGCUAUGCCGGCGGAGCGCCCGAGCCGGUGGACAGCGAGAGCCCGAAGUACUAUGUCCCGAAGGAUCCCUUCCCCACGCCGCAUUACUACCCCCAGACGCCCGCGGCGAUCUUUGAUAACCCCGCGCUGUAUGCCAAGUUUGAUGUGGACACGCUCUUCUUCAUCUUCUACUACCAGCAAGGCACAUACCACCAGUACCUCGCCGCGCGCGAGCUGAAGAAGCAGUCGUGGCGCUUCCACAAGCAGUACCUCACCUGGUUCCAGCGGCAUUCGGAGCCGCAGGCGAUUACCGACGAGUAUGAACAAGGGGCGUACGUCUACUUUGACUGGGAAGGGUCAUGGUGCCAGCGGCGCAAGAGCGACUUCCGGUUCGAGUACCGGUGGCUCGAGGAUAACUAG